AUGACCACAGCAAGCACCACUCUCUGGGAGAAAGCUGCCCCCGAAUUCCUGCCCCGAUUCCAGUUAGUCCAGUUUUCCUGUGUUGACCAUCCAACUUUUCACACUGCAGAAAGGCCUUAUCAGUGCAGUGAAUAUGGGAAAGCUUUUAGCAAUAGUAACAGCCUAGGUGAUCAUGAAGCUUUGCACACUAAUGAAAGGCCUUAUGAGCGUAGUGAUUGUGGAAAAUCUUUUACCAAUAGCAGUGCCCUCCAUUAUGAUCAGAGAGUUCUCACAGCAGAAAGGCCUUAUGAGUACAAUGAGAGGGGGAAAUCUUUUACCAGGAGCAAUAACCUUCGUUGUCAUCAGAACAUUCACACUGGAGAAAAGCCUUAUAUAUGUAGUGAAUGUGGGAAAGCUUACACCAAUAGCACUAAACUUUCUCGUCAUCAGAGAGUGCACACUGGAGAGAGACCUUAUCACUGCAGUGAAUGUGGGAAAUCUUUUAUCACCAGCAGAAAACUUGGUCGUCAUCAGAUACUUCAUACAGGAGAAAAGCCGUAUAAAUGCAGUGAAUGUGGGAAAUCUUUUGCCAUUAAGUUUUUCCUUCACAGUCACCAGAGAGUUCACACAGGAGAAAAGCCUUAUAAAUGCAGUGAAUGUGGGAAAUCUUUUGCCACUAAGACCCACCUUCACAGUCAUCAGAGAGUUCACACAGGAGAAAAGCCUUAUAAAUGCAGUGAAUGUGGGAAAUCUUUUGCCACUAAGGCCCACCUUCACAGACAUCAGAGACGUCACACUGGAGAAAAGCCUUUUAAAUGCACUGAAUGUGGGAAGUCUUUUACCACUAAGUUUCAACUUCAUUGUCAUCAGAGAGUUCACACAGGAGAAAAGCCUUAUAAAUGCACUGAAUGUGGGAAAUCUUAUACCACUAAGACUGACCUUUGUCGUCAUCAGAGA